AUGAAUCUCGGUGGCAUGGAAGCUAUCGCUCAGCAGGUGGCCGGGAAGGCCAUCCUGGAUCACGCGAAGGAAACGGAGCAAAAGUUGGACGCAAAACUGGCCAAGCUGGACAACAUGGAUGAGGACGACUUGGACAAGCUUAGGGAGAAGCGGAAGGCGCAGCUCAUUGCCGCCCAGAAGAUCAAGCAGGACAACCUCUCGAACGGACACGGGCGGUACUCCGAGCUGCCUGACCAGCCCGCCUUUUUUGAGGCGACCAAGAAGAGCAAGUUCUGCAAGAUCGACGCAGAGAAGUCGCCGUACCUUACCGAGAAGCUCAACAUCUUCGUCAUGCCUACCAUCCUUCUCAUCAAGGGAGGUCACACAAUACACCAGAUCCGCGGGUUUGAGGAGCUGGGUGGCACGGACGACUUCCACGAAGACACGCUAGCCUUCGUGCUAAGCCAAUACGGCGUCCUCAACUUCGACGGAGAACCACCAUCGGACCCCACGAAAGCUUCGGCCGGGGUUAACUCCAUCGCCAUGAAGAUGCUGGGGAAGGGGGCGGCAAGGGCGGGGGCUAGGGAAGGCGACGAGGCCGACUACUAGGGGGGCUGGAGAGGAGAGGAACGUGGGCGUAUGCGACACGCGCCUUCUCGUUGUUGGGGUGCCGGCUGGAGUGUUGACCUCGGCCAAUCAUGCGACACGCGCCUUCUCGUUCUUGGGGUGCCAGUUGGAAUGUUGGUCUCAGCCAAUUAUGUGACACGCGCCUUCUCGUUCUUGGGGUGCCAGUUGGAAUGUUGGCCUCAGCCAAUCAUGCGACGCGCGCCUUCUCGUUCUUGGGGUGCCAGUUGGAAUGUUGGCCUUAGCCAAUCAGCGCCUGGGUAUCCUCGCUCGUCACCUGGAGCUGUACCGUGCCAGAGUGGUUCUCGCCAAGGUGUCGUAAUUUCCAGCCAUCUUUUCGCUAUGGUCGCCUAGAGGCGACGACGGUCGUACAUUUCUUGGCGUCUGGAGGGAGAAUGGAGAGGGGGGAGAACAGCCUUCUCGAGGCGGGAGGUAAGAAAGGGGAGGGCGGCACUUGGCAUUUCGAGGGGGAACAGGCGACAGGAAACCGGUGCGACGAUAGAGGUGUUUGGCGAAGGCGC